AUGUCUGCUCAAGUGCCAGCCAACUUCAACGCCGAUGAGGCGGACAACUUGGAAGAUAUUGAGAAGCAAUUCGCAGUCAAGGUCGUGCAGCACAUGGAGACAUAUUGGGCCAUCCUGGAGAAGGUCAAGGGAUCUGCCUUGCGCCUGACGAAGCUUGACGACGAAAUCUACGAACACCUGAUGCGCGACUUCCCCGAGUUUGACCCCGCCGAGACCAUCGACGAGGACAAGAUGAAGAGCAAGGAGGGCAAGAAGCGCUGGCGCGAGUUCAUGAUGGCGUACGAGAAGAGGGUCGACGACUACAACUUUGGCACCAUGUUGCGGUCGAGCCCCAAGGAGAUGUAUGACCAGCACACCACCAUCUUUGUUCCCAGGAUGCAAUUUUAUGCCGUCGAAAUCGCGCGAAACCGAAAAGGCCUGAAUGAUUGGAUUUAUGAGAAGGCACAACAGGAGAAGGCAAAAUAA